AUGCUACAACCCCACCAUCCACCCGUCGAACAAAUCUUCCACGACCUCCUCGCCUUCCUCUCAAUCCCCUCGCGGGACUCCGCACCCAACAUCCAGGGGCAAGACCCCCUAACCCCCAGCCCGCACCGCAUCGGCGACGCCAUGGCCGCAGCACUCGCGACGCUAGGUACGACACUGACGAAUCUCUGGGAUUUGCGCACCAAGCAGAAAUCCCAAGAGACCUUCUCAAUCUCAACGCAGAACUGCAUCGCGCAACUCAUGGCGGCGUUCUUCACGACGACGAACGGCGUGAGCUGUAUGGAUCUGAUGGACGAUGCGAAGUUAUUAGGGAAUAACGAUUUCUUCCAGGCGCAGGGUGGGAGGUGGGUGUUCCUGCUGACGACGUAUCCAGAGUUGCGGGAUAUGGCUUGCUGGGUGCUCGGGGGCGUGGCGAGCGAGAGGGAGGUGUUUGAGCGGGAGGUGGCGAAGUGGGAUGCUUUUGAGCUGGAGAGGGAGAUCAGUGAGAGGGGUGGGUGUUGUGUUGUUGUGAGGAGUGCGGAGGAGUGGAGGGGGUGUGAGGUCGGGAGGGGGUUGGUGGGGAAAGAUGUGGUGGAGAUUGAGAAGUUGGGAGAGGCGGAGGGGGAGGUUUUGAGGGGGGUAAGGGAUGUUGGGGAGGGGACGCCGUUGGAGGGCGUGAGGGUUUUGGAUAAUACGCAUGUUAUUGCGGGGCCGAUGGCGGCGAGGAUGGCGGCGGAGUUUGGGGCGGAUGUGCUGAGUAUGGCGGCGCCGAAGCAUAGGGAUCCUUUUGGGAUGAUUGUUGAGACGGGGAUUGGGAAGCGGUCGGCGUGGUGUGAUCUGGAGAAGGAAGAGGAUCAGGCCAAGUUCUGGCAGACUGUCGAGGGGGCGGACGUGUACAUGUCGAGUUACUUGUCGCUGGAGAAGAAGGGUUUCGGUGCGAAGGAGAUCGCAAAGCGCCGUCCUGGAAUCGUCAUCGUGGAGUUCCAUGCUUGGGGAUCGAAGGGGCCUUGGAAAGAUUGGGGAGGUUUUGACCAGCUCGCUUGUUCAGCAACAGGCUUCUCGCAAGGAGAGGGCGGCACUGGCAAGCCAUCUCUACCACCAACACAUCUUCUGAAUGAUUACCUGGCUGCUACGCUCGGCGCUGCUGCGAUGGUGGAGUGUCUUCGGAGGAGGGAGAUAGCAGGAGGAACUUGGCGGGUGGAAGUGAAUCUCAGCCGGAUAUGCAUGUGGGUCCAGUCGCUGGGGAUGUUCGAGAGGGAUGUUGUCGCGCAUUUGGCAAAGCCUGAUAUCCCGAAGCUGAAGGAGGUAGUCGGCAUGAAGACCGUGAGUGGGAGGUUAGGGGAGACCAGGUAUCUGCCGACCCAGAUUCAGUUCCAUGGUGCUAUGAAGCCGGGAUUUGAAGCUGGUGCAGAGCCCUGGGGAGUUUCGAAGAUGGCAUGGCUGUAA